UUCAACCAUGUCUUUUGCUGUGAUGGUGGCACUGCUGUUCUGUUCUGAGACACUCGGGUCACAUCCUGUGUUUGGAGAGGAGGAUGUUGUGGAAUCUGACUUUGAUAUUAGUAACCGGACUGAAUUAGACUUAACGGAAGCGAAAGACUGGAGUGCAGUCGAUUUUUCUGAUUAUGGUUCCGAGUAUGAAUUCGGCAUGGAAGGAGACAUUCCCGAGGAAGCGGAUGAAUUAUUUUAUUAUCCAUUGUCUCCAGUUAACCUGAUAGUGGACUCCAUGUUCAACAGCUCAUACUCCUGUAACCUUACUGUGACCUGCAGUACAUAUAACUUUAACAUCAACAGCACUUUUAAAUGUAAUAACAAAACUUGCCAUCAAGAGGGAGGAGAACAAAGAGAGACCUGGUGGUGGUCCGUUUCUCUUCAUGUCUACAUGUCAGAUGGAUCCAUCAUAUGUAACUACAGCAAUGAAGUAAACUGGACCAAGGAUAUGAUAGAGAUUGGACAUUUUUGUCCUCGAAAUGUUGGUUCUGAGAGUUUCUCUGACGGUGUCUCCUUCUGUAUGGUGAAGACAGUCGUGUUCUCUGUUGGUCUGAUCAUCAUGGUCUUUGCUGUCAUCACUGUUCACCUCAUAGAGAAAUUUCAGAUGCAAAACUAGAGAAAAAAAGGGAUGCACAUCUACCCAUAAAACUGUUCAUGUACCUUUACAUGAACCCCACAGGGGAUGUAUGAUUAGCUGUCAAUGAAGUCCACCAAAUGCUUAGUUUAUAAAUAGAACUGCUUUUUGCUGAUGUUAAAAUGCUUUUUAGGAGUUAAUCUUAGGAAAACAGUGAUUGGGAGGCUAAGCAGGUUUUUGACUUUUGAAUGUUUGGUAUAUAUCAAUCUUGAUUCUAAACAUUUGGUGUGCAGCACCUUAAUUUUGUUGUAUUUGUACAAUGGCAAUAAAGCGUUAUU